AUGUCUUCCAAGGCCGUUGAAGACCCUGCAGCGCAGGUGCCCCUCAACGGCGCUGCGACCGUAAUGAUCAGGAAGAAGGAGCCGUAUCCGUUCUGGCUGGGAGGUGUUGCGGCUACCAUCGCGGCGUCAAUCACACACCCGCUCGACCUCACAAAGGUCCGCUUGCAAGCGACGGGCGACAAGCGCAUGGUCGACUCGAUCAAGAAGACGGUGCGCACGGCGGGCGUGCGCGGCCUCUUCGACGGCAUCUCCGGCACCUGGUUCCGACAGUUGACGUACUCCAUCUGCCGCUUCUGGGCGUACGACGAGAGCAAGAAGCUUAUUGGAGCAGACAACAAGUCUCCCCCGUGGAAGCUCGCCAUGGCUGGCUGCAUGGCCGGAGGCAUUGCCGGUUUCGUCGGAAACCCCGGAGAGAUCCUCAUGGUCCGCAUGCAGGGCGACUUCGCAAAGCCGCCAGAGAAGCGUCUUAACUACAAGAACGCUAUCGACGGGCUCUUCCGGAUGGUCCGCGAGGAGGGCGCGUCCUCGCUCAGCCGUGGAGUGGGUCCCAACGUUUUCCGUGCUGUGCUGAUGAACGCGAGUCAGCUUGCUUCGUACGACUUCUUCAAGUCUUCGCUCUUGGCGAGUGGCUACUUCCAGGACAACAUCUACCUGCACACGACCGCCAGUUUCGCCGCGGGCACUGUCGCGACGACGGUUUGCUCGCCGGCUGAUGUGCUGAAGAGCCGCAUCAUGAGCGCGUCGGGUGCGGAGGGGAAGUCGACAAUGCAGAUGAUUCGUACGUCGAUGAAGAACGAGGGCGCGAUGUUCAUGUUCAAGGGCUGGUUGCCGGCGUGGACGCGUUUGCAGCCAACGACGAUGCUCAUCUUCAUCACCCUCGAGCAGCUCAAGCUCGCCGUCGACUGGUACCGGGCCGACGUCUAG